UCUAAGGGGUGCCAGGCCAUAUUUCUGAGACAAGAUAGAAGCCUCCAACUAAAAUUCAGCUGUGGGAGUUGAUAAUCCGUCGCCAAAUUUGCAUUGGUGGUUAUCCUAAUUUCUGACAACCUAUCUUUCAAGCUAUAAGGAUGGACCCAGUUCAAGGGAGUAGACAAUCCACCACCAAAAUGAUGACUGCAAUUCCUACUCUCCUGCUCUGUUUCUUAUCACUCAAUCAUGUUUCUGCCCAAGCUACACAAAAACAAAUCAAGGAUUUUGAAGUUCAUAAUAGAGUAGAUUGUGACACAGAAACAAAUUGCAGUUUGUUCUCUGGGAUAUGGGUUCAUGAUCCCUCCUAUCCUCUCUAUGAGGCUUUAGAAUGUCCUUACAUUUCGAAAGAGUUCGAUUGCAAAGCAAAUGGUAGACCAGAUUCUGAUUAUCAGGAGUGGAGAUGGCAGCCAAAUGGUUGUGAUACUCCAAGGUUCAGUGCCAGGGGCUUUCUGGAGAAGCUGAAAGGGAAGAAGUUAACUUUUGUUGGUGACUCCAUAACCCAAAACCAGUUUCUGUCUCUGGUUUGCCUCGUCUCUAAAGAGUUUCCAACUACAUUCGUUCCGACAAGUUCUAAGAAUGAUAAAUUCAUUUCAACUGACUAUAAUGUUUCGAUUGAGCUUUAUUGGGCUCCAUUUUUGGUUGAGCGUGAGGUCAACGAUGAGGGUGAGAGAAUUCUUCAUGUGGAUCAGAUCCAAAACAACUCAACUCGUUGGAAGAUGGCCGAUGUCCUCAUCUUUGAGUCAUCUAAAUGGUGGCCAGAGACUUUGGGCUCACAAAGAUGGGACAUAGUCAUGGAAGGCAAGCAAAAGUACACCGACAUGAAGCCACUGGUAGCUUACAAGAAGGCACUGACUACAUGGUCACAAUGGGUAUCUUCAAAUCUGGAUCCCCAAACUCUGGUCUUCUUUCGCGGCAGCUCAUUCGGGCAUUACGACAGUCAUAAAAGAUGCGACAGUAAGGAGCCCAUUGAAGAUCCCUCAUACGACCCUCAGCCAACUGCUCAUGCGGCCAUACUCAAGGAAGUUCUGAGCACCACUGAAUUUCCAGUAAAACUCUUCAACAUAUCCCAUAAUUCAGCAUUUCGCAGAGAUGGGCAUCCCUCAAUCUACACGAAUCUUAACGUUAGUGGCCCUGAACACCAGGAUUGUACACACUGGUGCUUACCAGGCGUUCCUGAUAGCUGGAACCAAUUAUUGUAUGCAACCUUACUCUCGACCUAACCAUUACAGCUCACCUCCCAUUUAUUUAAUUUUACUAUUUCAAUCUGUUCUUCAUGGGUGUAAUGAAAUUCCUCAUGAAUGUGGGAAUAAAAAAGUAAAAGUCUCAUUUUUCUGUCUCUGUCACACUGUUCACCAUUGGUUCUGUUUGUGUGUCACACUAUUCACCACCGUUUCCGUUGCCCCGUUAUGUGAGGGCCCACCAAGCUGGGAUUGGGUCACAUGGAGACAUUCAUACGUCCGAGGGCUUUUUCUCUGAAAUGGUACAAUAAAAUAAUGUACACGCAAGUAACUAUGUUACUUGGCGUUUAUGUUAGUUAAUUCAUCGUUUUCGUGAAGGAAUGUCUUUAUUGCUCAAAAGAAGAAACGUGUUAUAUGCAUGGAAUGGGAUCUAAUUAUUCUUUCUUUAGUCUAAUGGACAGCAUGAGUGGCUGCAAUAUAAAAAAAAUAAAAAAUAAAAAAUUUGCUGGA